UUUCUCGAACCAGGCACAGAUUCCCUUCCACACUCCAAAAUUACUUAACCCGGAUACGAAACUAUUCUCUCUCUCACACACAUUUUUAUUCCUUCUCUUCUCUCGCCUUGGCGCGUUCUCUGCGGAAUUGCAAAUCCAAUUCAAAUUAUAGGGUUUAAACAAACUCCCAAGAUCUCCACCAGCAAUGGAAUCGAUACAGAGUCGAGUAGAAUCAUGGAUCAGGGAUCAGAGAGCUAAGAUCCUCAAGGUAUCUUGGGCCCCGCUGCAGUGGAGAAUGAGGUGGCCGCCCUGGAUUCACAGCGACAGAGAACAUAGGAAGAAAAUUCAACAAGAAUAUGAGCGCCGGAGGAAGCAGCUUCACGAUCUCUGUCUCGCCGUCAAGGCUGAUUCAGUCUCGGAUUUGCAGGACAUUCUCUGUUGCAUGGUCCUCUCCGAGUGUGUCUAUAAGAGACCUGCUACUGAGAUGGUUCGGGCUGUGAACAAAUUUAAGGCUGACUUUGGGGGACAAGUUGUUUCUCUGGAGCGUGUGCAGCCCUCUUCAGACCAUGUUCCUCACAGGUACCUAUUGGCAGAAGCAGGUGACACAUUAUUUGCUUCUUUUAUUGGGACAAAACAGUACAAGGAUGUUGUGACCGAUGUAAAUAUACUACAAGGCGCUAUAUUUCAUGAGGAUGCCAUGGAGGAUGCUGCCCAGAUGGAAGCUAUUGAAUCAGUGCAAGGUGAAAGUCAAAGGGGAAAUGGAGAAGGUCAACAGAAUCCACUUGAGUCAAAGCCUAAGCAUCUGAAAGAUCAGCCUAAGCCUGCUGCUCAUCGAGGUUUCUUGGCUCGUGCUAAAGGGAUACCUGCUUUAGAGUUGUACAGGCUUGCUCAGAAGAAGAAACGAAAACUUGUAUUGUGUGGACAUUCACUUGGUGGGGCAGUGGCAGCAUUAGCUACUCUUGCCAUCCUGAGGGUUAUUGCUGCAUCCUCUUCAUUAAAAGAAGAUGCAAAGAUUCAGGUCAAAUGUAUCACAUUUUCCCAACCACCAGUUGGGAAUGCUGCUUUAAGAGACUAUGUCCAUGAAAAAGGAUGGCAGCAUUAUUUUAAGAGCUACUGCAUUCCUGAAGACUUGGUGCCCCGUAUCCUUUCUCCUGCUUAUUUUCAUCACUAUAAUGCUCAACCUUUGUCAAUGAAUAAUGAGGUUGAAAGUACCAGUCAAUCAGUGGUAAAAGAUGAGAAAUGGAUAGAAAAAUCAGGGGCACAAAAGCCAAAGGAGAAUGAGAGGGAGCGAUUGGUUCUGGGUUUAGGCCCUGUGCAGACUUCCUUUUGGAGACUUUCUAGGCUUGUUCCUUUAGAGGGUUUUAGAAGGCAGUUCAAUAAAUACACAAGCAAACAAUUUGGUCCCAUGGGGACAUCUGAGACCCCUAAUUCUGAUGUAACAUCUCCAAUUGAGGAUGUGGUUGCUGCACCUCAGUCUCUUGAAAUCCAAGAGGGUUCUGAUGGCAUCUCUCUUAAACCAUUAACUGAAACUAAUAACGUGCUGUCAGAGGAAGCAAUGGAUGGAAAAUUAGGCGAAAAGGGAAAUGAUAAAGGUGGAGAUAAAAGAAAUUGGCGUAGGGUACCCUAUUUACCUUCGUAUGUCCCAUUUGGCCAGCUGCAUCUAUUGGGAAAUUCUUCAGUGGAAUUACUAUCUGGUGCAGAGUACUCAAAAUUAAUAUCGGUCAGAUCUGUGAUUGCCGAACUAAGGGAACGAUUUCAAUCACAUUCAAUGAGAUCUUAUCGAUCUCGAUUUCAGAGAAUCUACGAUAUGUGCAUGGGUGAUGGUGCUUCAUCUUUCCCAGGAAUGGAACAACUGCCUCAGUUUCUGCAUUUGCAACAGUGGCUUGGGCUUGCAGUUGCUGGCACUGUAGAGCUUGCUCAAAUUGUAGAAUUGCCAGUUAUUCGCACAGCCACUUCGAUUGUUCCUCUUGGGUGGAAUGGUGCUCCUGGUGGGAAGAAUGCAGAACCCUUAAAAGUUGAUAUUAUUGGUUUUGGCUUGCACCUUUGUAACUUGGUCAAUGCUCAAGUCAAUGGUAACUGGUGUGCAACUACAGUGGAGUCAUUUCCUCCUGCACCCAGCUACUCUUCAAGCCAUGAAGUACAGCCUGAACUACAAAAAAUGAGGGUCUUAGUUGGAGCUCCUCUGAGAAGACCACCAAAACAUCCUAUAGUGGCAGAUCCCUUGAUGCCUAUCUUUCCUUCUAUUGAUUCAGAUGCUGAUAAUCUCAAUAGAGAGCAUAGUUUAGGGCAUGAAGAGAAAUUGCUCCGCCCUGAAGGUUUGAGUGAUUUUUGCAUUUUUUGUACAAGUGAUUUUGCCACUGUCUCUAAGGAGGUCCAUGUCAGAACUCGUAGGGUGCGGUUACUUGGCCUUGAGGGUGCUGGUAAAACUUCUCUUUUCAGGGCAAUUAUGGGUCAAGGCAGACUAAGCACCAUUGCCAAUUUUGAGAAUAUGUGCGUAGAGGCUGAUAUUCAAGAAGGCAUUUCUGGUGGUGUAUGCUAUGUUGAUUCAGCUGGAGUAAAUUUGCAGGAGCUGAAUAAGGAGGUCUCUCGUUUCAGGGAUGAACUAUGGAUGGGAAUUCGUGAGCUCAGUAGGAAAACAGAUUUGAUUAUUCUUGUACAUAACUUGUCACAUAAGAUUCCUCGAAGCAGUAACCAAAAUGCAUCAUCUCAACAGCCAGUACUUUCACUUGUUUUAGAUGAGGCUAAAGCUCUUGGUAUUCCAUGGGUUCUUGCUGUAACAAACAAAUUUUCUGUCAGUGCACACCAGCAAAAAACAGCAAUUGAUGCUGUUUUGCACGCAUAUCAAUCAUCUCUAAGCACCAUGGAAGUUGUGAAUUCCUGCCCUUACGUUAUCCACACUGCUGCUGCCAGCGCGUCUUUAUCACUGGCUGCUGCUGAGAGGGAUUCUGGUGGAAGGAUGGGUGCUCAAAAUCUUAUUUUUGCUCCAUUUAAUCUUGUUAGGAGGCCAUUUCAAAGAAGAGACACCGUUUUUCCAGUUGAGGGUGUGAACUCACUUUGUCAGCUUGUCCACCGAGUGCUGCGCAGUCAUGAAGAGGCCUCUUUACAGGAACUAGCCAGAGAUAGACUUUUAGCAGAACUGACACGGGAACGUGCAACGGCAAUAGACGCGAGACGAGAAGCUCAAGCCAAGUCAUCUUCCUUAACAGCUGCUGCUGUGGGUGCUUCCCUUGGGGCUGGUGUUGGCCUUGCCUUGGCUAUUGUAAUGGGUGCUGCAUCUGCUUUACGGAAGCCCUGAGGAUUUAUAUGUUCCCAUCAUCUCAACAAAAUGUACAUCUUUUCAAAAUGGAAGUUUCAUAGCAGCUGUAAAUUGUGUUUUCUCGGAGCUUAGAUCCAUUGAUAGCAGCAGGUUUGCCAUUUAUUUAUUUAUUCUAUUGCAUUCCUGUAAAAUCAUUACGAUCCUUGAGAGUUCUGCUUGCUUCAGCUUCCUAUGUACUUAAAGACAAACAAUGUAACAUCAUCAAGAAACUGUCUUACCUUCAAAUCAAGAGGAAUGCAUUCAUUAAACUCGCUUAUGCGGUUGAGCUUAUUUUUCAAGCUAAGGAGAGUGGACAGCAGCACAUAUUGUAAGGUUGAUCUUAAUUUAAAUAUUUACUUAUAAAUCUAUGCUUUUAUUUUA